AUGAAACGGCAAGUACUGUUUUUCAUCUCGCUCCUUUUUGUCGGUCCUGUGCUCGGCCAGGUCACCUACUCCGUUAACGAGGAACUGUCUGUGGGCUCUGUUGUCGGGAAUGUCGCAGAGGAUUUGGGUUUAGAUGUCGAGAGACUGAAAUCACGUAAUGCUCGUGUGUACUUCGGUGAUAGCAGAGAAUACAUCGAGCUGAAUAAAGCCAGGGGAGUCCUCCUAAUCAAAGAACGAAUAGACAGAGAAACGCUAUGCGGACAGACGAUGCCUUGCGCUCUGCAUUUCCAGAUUAUAUUAGACAAACCCAUUGAAUUUUACAGAGUUACUGUGAAAAUACUGAUCCAGGACCAGAACGACAACCCCCCUCAGGUUCUGUACCCGGUCCAGACUGGUGGCUCUCUGGUGGCUGAGCUGGUGCCUCGAUCAGCAGAUGUGGGCUAUCUGGUCACUAAAGUGGUGGCUGUUGAUGUGGACUCUGGACAGAACGCCUGGCUCUCCUAUAAACUGCAGAAAGCCACAGACAGGGCGCUGUUUGAAGUGGGCUCACAGAAUGGAGAAAUAAGGACGAUCCGCCAAGUCACUGAUAAAGACGCAGUGAAACAAAGACUGAGUGUUAUAGUGGAGGACAACGGGCAGCCCUCUCGUUCCGCUACAGUCGUUGUUAACGUGGCGGUGGCGGACAGCUUCCCGGAAGUGCUGUCCGAGUUCACUGACGUUACGCACGACAAGGAGUACAACGACAGCCUGACUUUUUACUUGGUUCUGGCUCUGGCUGUAGUUUCCUUCCUCUUCAUCACGUGUGUAGUGGUUAUUAUCUCAGUGAAAAUCUACAGAUGGAGACAGUCUCGCGUAAUGUAUCACUCCAACCUCCCUGUGAUUCCAUAUUAUCCACCACGUUACUCAGACACCUUGGGGACAGGGACUCUCCAACACGUGUACAAUUACGAGGUGUGCAGGACGACUGACUCCAGAAAGAGUGACUGUAAGUUCAGCGGAGCUGGUAGUCAGAACGUGCUGAUAAUGGACCCCAGUGCUACAGGGACGAUGCAGCGGAUACAGAAUGAAAAGAGCAUCCUGGAUGAACCAGACUCUCCUCUUGAGGUUAGACCUACAUAA